GCAGUCAAACUUGGUUGGAGCAGUGUUAAACGUGAAUACUGGAGACUGGGUGAGACGGGAGUCAGGAGUUGGAGCUGGAAUAGAUUCAUACUAUGAGUAUGUAGCAAAGGCCUAUGUGCUGUUGGGAGAGGAUAAAUACCUGGAUAGAUGGAACACUCAUUACUCAGCUGUUAUGAAAUACAUGAACAAUGGUCCUUUGAUGGUAGACGUCCAUAUGCACAGACCUACAACAAAUUCAAAACAUUUUGUUGAUGCCCUGGGAGCAUUUCUACCAGGACUACAGGUUCUUAUGGGUGAUUUGAAGCCUGCAAUAGAACAGCAUGAAAUUCUCUACCAAGUUACAAAAAAGCACAAUUUUCUUCCAGAGGCCAUUACAGCAGAUUUUCAGGUGCAUUGGGGACAGCACUUUCUUCGCCCUGAAUUUGUGGAGUCUACUUAUUUUCUCUACAAGGCUACAAAAGAUCCUCACUACCUUCAGGUUGGGAAGAAAGUUUUAAAAGCAUUACAAACACAUGCUCGAGUCACAUGUGGAUACGCAGCUGUAAAGGACGUGAGAACAAUGACCCACGAGGAUAGGUUGGAUAGUUUUGUUCUCUCGGAAACUUUUAAAUAUCUCUAUCUUCUCUUUGCCAAGGAGGAUGAAUUGUACCUGGAUAUAAAUCAAUUUGUUUUUACAACUGAAGCUCAUCUCCUCCCCUUGAGUUUAGCCAGGUUAUCCAACAGUACGGUGGUUCCAGUCAAGGACGAGUACCAUCAGUUUCUGCCUCAAGAUGAAGAUGUUGAGUUUGCACUGUCUUGUCCUAGUACCAGGUACAUGUUCCCUGACCAUUCGUGUUCUGUAACAGCAGCAACAAGCCUCAGGGCUCCUCUAGGAAACGUAGUAGAGGAUUCUAGUCCUAAAAUAAAGAUCUUCAAAAGAAGACUACUAGCAUCUGAAUUCCAAUCUGGCAACCCGGAACAUCUCAAUCUAGUCAAGGAGAUGGGAAUAAAUCUACAGAGUUUACCAGAUGGUAGAAUACAACUUCUUCAUACUUUUGCUAAUGCUCUCUCACAGGAUGAUGCUGAGGAAGGAUUGUUGUUCAUGCAAGAGAUGAUUGAUUUGUCUAAACAGGUUCAAUCACAGGACUCUCCUCCUAAACAGGUUACAUACAGUCAAGGGGCUAGCAAGAUAUCUCUACAAGCAGGUCCUGCUCAGUUUGGACCUUCCUUAAAACAUCCAGCUAAGGUUACUGGCCGACUGGUGCUGGCCCAGGACUCGAAGGCGUGUAUCGGCAGCCUCCAGAACGGGGAGGACAUGAAGGGGAACAUUGUUCUCGUGGAGCGGGGAGAUUGUAUGUUUAUAGAGAAGGCACGAGUUAUCCAGAGUAUGGGAGGUAUUGGUGGAAUAGUGAUGGAUACUGCAGAGGGCUCUGCUGCCUCUGCAUCUCCUAUAUUUGCUAUGUCUGGAGAUGGCAGUGAUGAUGUUUCUAUUCCAAUGGUUUUCCUCUUCAGCAAGGAAGCUGAUGAGCUGAUGAAAGUAAAGACUGAUAAUCCUGAUCUUGAAGUUACACUAGAGGAGAAAUCAACUUCUCAGAAGUCAGGAAAAGCAUGCAUGGCAAAUCAGAAGUCAGAUGAGAUGGCUGACUUAAUUUAUCAAAAUAUGGAAUCUGCAAAAAUUUACUGGUUUUCCAAUAAUCGCUUCCAGUGCAGCUAUUUACAAUAUUACAAGAAUAAGAUUAUCUUGGACCCAGAAUCACCAUUGAGCAUAUUGCAAAGAGAUAUCAGGUUUUUAGGCAUAAAUUAUGGUCAAAUCCUGAACCCUGACUUACCAACCAGGAAAUUGCAUAGAGAUGUUAAGCUUUUAGGCGUAAAUCAUGGUCCAGUCAUUCGGUUAGAUACACCGGACAAUAGCGAACUAAGUGACAUUGAAACAGAUCUUGAUAAACUGCGGAAUGAAGUUCAGAGCAGAUUUGAAGAACUAAACGAGAAGCUAAUCUUGUUCAGAAUAAAGCAGCGUGUUCAAGGGAUAGACAAUGAAGAUAAUUCAAAAUUGGAUGUGCCCGCUGUUCCCUCUGAGGAGGAGGACUCCGAUCUUCUUCCUAAAUCCCCUGCACACGCUUUCCUACACAAGAGUAUAGAGACACAACUAAACCUGGAUGAGUUGACUGAACCUGAUGGUGAGAUUAUUAGCAUUAAAACAGUUGGAAGUGAAAUUAUUUCUGAACAGAUCAGAACUGUUAGUAAUAAGGAUGGAUCGUCUAAAACCUUCAGAACAAUUCAGAGGCAUACAAACGAUGAUUUGAGCACUGUGGUUGGAGUAGGGACGGCAAAGUUGGUUGAAAUCCCCCGAAUCAAGAGUACUCAGGAUACUCCUGAUACUAAGGAUACUCAGGAUACUCCGGAGAUAAAACAAGUAUUCAGUCUAAAUACAGAGGAUCCUCUGGGAGAAUUAGUUAUUGAUCAUGAAGAUGUACUUGAGGAGGAGGUGGUGGAGGAGGUAGUUCUAUCUGACACUGAUGAGAACAUAACAGGGGAGAAGAAACCUUAGUUUUUAUUCUCCACACUGCGUUUUUCCGGAUCUGAAAACAUCUUUUAAUAUUCGGAAUAUAUAGCUUAGGCUUGGCAACAUUCCGUUAAUCAACGAAAGUUUUUAAACGGUGAAUUCCGUUUACGAUCGAUAAAAACAUCGUUAUUAAACGUACGAAUCCGUUUUAUUUAUUAAACUAAAUGUUCACAAAUGGAUAAAGUAGAGUUUGUCCCAUAAAUCUAAAGAUUAGGAAGUUGACUCUAAAACUCCAGCUACAAUAUUAAUUAGUCCAAUGAACAUUAAACACGGCAAGUGUACUUGUACAGUGUACAUAACCCAUUACACUUGAUAGGUUAGUUUUCAAGCUACUUGUAAAACUAAUUGCUUUUGAUAACUUCUAAUAGGCAUAAAAUUACUUUAAUGUCGUCUUCCUAUUCCACUGUUUAAGGUCUCACUGUGCUAAUGUGCCCAAGCCUAGCUAUCAUAGGAUCUAAUUGAUUAAUCAAACGCUAGAAUUGAUUAAUUACCCGCUAGAGUUGAUUAACCAACCGCUUGAAUUGAUAAGAAUUGAUAAAUCAACCGCUAGAAUUGAUUAAUCAAAUGCUAGAAUUGAUUAUUCAACCGAUCGAAUUGAUUAAUCAACCGAUAGAAUUGAUUAAUCAGCCACUAGAAUUGAUUAAUCAACCUCUUGAUUGAUCAACCGCUAGAAUGGAUUAAUCAACCGCUAGAAUUGAUAAUUCAACCGCUAGAAUUAAUUAAUCAACCGCUAGAAUUAUCCAUCUUAAAGGGACUGUAGACGUAAUUUCAAGUGACCCUUUAUCGAUAGACUGGCAUAAUUGUUAACAACGGUAACCUUAAAAGCUUUCUGUUGUCAAGCAUGAAUUAGAUUUCCUUGUUUUUGUUUAUAGAUACUGAUUAUUUUCAUUCGGUUCAAAAAAAAUGAUGAUGUCUUUCGCAUCAUAGACCAGAUUAAGAUUUUGAUGUGAAUCAGACAUGCUCCUUUCUAAAUUUGAAAUUAUGUCUACAGUCCCCUUAUGCUCCCUACAGCGCUCAAAUUCAUUCUGAUCCCAUCUAGGGUUUACAAUUUUCAAACAUUUUAAAAUAAAAUUUAAAUUGUAAAAAUUAAUUUUUAGAUAAUUAUCAUUUAUCCCGUCACUUAUCCCGGUCUAUGGAUUCAUCCAGAUUAUAGAAUAUUAUUAUUAAUGUCAUUUUAUACAAUUUUUACACAAGAUUGAACCCCCCUUUGCAGUGGAACCUCAAAUUUUGAUUAAAAAAAUAUUAAGCUUUGUCACGUGUUUUUGAUUUCGUUUUGAUAAUAAACCCUGUAAAUAGAUAGAACAAAUGUAUUGCAUAAAUUCAACGUUUGAAUCACAAUUUAGUUUGAUUUUAUUUUAAUUAUUAUAAAUUUGCAAGAAAUCCUGGUUGGAUUUUAGUAAGCGAGUUGUUUUCUUACAUCGCUUAAUAAUGAAACCUAAAAAUUUAGAUAGAACAUAAAGGGG